GCUCGCUAACCAUCCAUCCUGUUAGAUGUCAACAAACACCGCCUGACCGCCGUACAUCACACCACGACUGUUAGCUCCGGGAGAACCACUAAACCCUCCGAUACGCCGCCGGCCGCUUCUCCUCAAAUCUUAUUUAAGUUUGGGAUGCGAUGCGAUCGGGGAGGGAGAUAAUGGGGGAGGAGAACAGCAGGUGGCGGGCCGUGGCUUCGGCCUCGCUGCUGGACAUCGAUGAGUCGUCGCGGGAGUCGGAGGAGAUGCUGCAGUGGGAGCCGGUGCCGUGGAGGGUGGUGUGGAGGCUGGCGGCGUGGGAGUCCAAGAACCUGUGGCGCCUCUCUUGGGCCUCCAUCGUCGUCCAGCUCUUGAACUUCAUGCUCAGCCUCGUGACACAGAUGUUCGUCGGCCACCUCGGCUCCCUCGACCUCGCCGGCGCCUCCAUCAUCAACGUCGGCGUCCAAGGCCUCGCCUACGGAUUCAUGCUCGGCAUGGCCAGCGCCGUGCAGACGGUGUGCGGCCAGGCUUAUGGCGCCAAAAAGUACCGCGCCAUGGGCAUCGUCUUCCAGCGAGCGCUGGUCCUCCACUUGAUCGCCGCCUUCUUCCUCUCCUUCCUCUACCUGUUCUCCGGCCCCUUCCUCCGCGCCAUCGGCCAGUCGGACGCGAUCGCGGAGGUGGGCCAGGUCUACUCCCGCGGCCUCCUGCCUCAGCUCAUCGCCUUCGCCCUCUACUGCCCCAUGCAGCGGUUCCUGCAGGCUCAGAACAUCAUCAACCCCAUGGCCGUCAUCGCCGUCGCCGUCCUCCUCUUCCACGUCCUCAUCUCCUGGCUCGCCGUCUUCGUCCUCGACUUCGGCCUCCUCGGCGCCUCCAUCACUCUCAGCAUCUCUUGGUGGGUGCUCGUCCUCGCCACCUGGCUCUACAUCGUACUCAGCCCUUCCUGCAGGGCCACCUGGACCGGCCUCUCCGUCAAGGCCUUCACCGGCAUCUGGCCCUUUUUCAAACUCACCGUUUCAUCAGCCAUCAUGCUCGUCUUGGAGGUCUGGUACGUCCAAGGGUUCGUGCUGAUGACAGGCUACCUCCCAAAUCCUGAAAUCUCACUCGACGCCGUGUCUAUCUGUGUCAAUUACUGGAACUGGGAUUUCAUGAUCAUGCUCGGCCUGAGCAAUGCAGCGAGUGUCAGGAUAGGGAACGAGUUGGGGGCUGCUCAUCCUCGAGUCGCCAAGUUUGCAGUCCUUGUCGUGGUGACGACCAGCUUGAUCCUUAGCUUGAUCAUCAGUGUGCUGGUCCUCGUACUGCGCACGCCCUUGAGCACGCUCUACACCAGCAGUUCUGAGGUGAUAGCUGCAGUCGUUAAUCUGACUCCCCUGCUUUCCAUCUCCAUUUUCUUGAAUGGAGUUCAGCCAAUUCUGUCCGGAGUUGCUAUUGGAAGUGGGUGGCAAGCCAUAGUGGCUUAUGUAAAUGUGGGUGCUUAUUACCUGAUUGGACUCCCCAUCGCCAUUGUUCUUGGAUUCAAGACUGGUUUAGCUGCGGCUGGAAUAUGGUGGGGGUUGAUAAUUGGAGUCUUUGUUCAAACGGUCUCUCUCAUCGUUUUAACUGCUAGAACAAACUGGAACAGAGAAGUGGACAAGGCGAUCGAGCGCUUGAAGCAUACUGCCGAUGAAGACACUUUAGCGAUAGUCGACGACAUUGAGUGACUAGUCAGCAAAGUUAAGUUUUGUGAAGAUUUAGUGUAGUAUUUCCAAUAAUUUUGAUAGAACAAGAACCAUUGAGUUCUGUGGUUUUAUUUCAAUUGAAGAGGGUGUUCUUCAGUCUACUCCAAUCAUUCACAGUCCUCUGAAUUCAACAGUAUGAAUCUCUAAAGCUAAAGGAUUUGUAUGUUUGAAUUUCUAAA